AUGGGAGCACCACAGCUAAUCAAGGGCGUAUUCAACUCGAUCAAAACGAACAACACGACCAAUGCACGCGCCGUCCGAGUUGUAUCCAAGCGCGCGACAGACAUCGCUCAAGACGUGCAUGUGAGCAAGGACAAGGAAAAGGUUCAACGCCUCGUCCAGUCCGUGUCAAACUUGGAGAUGCAGUUCAAGCCUCCCAGUGAGAACAAUGUCCUCGACGCACUCCAGCCGUUGCAGCAUCAGCAACGUGCCAAGGCCAUCCUCGAACUGAAUGAACAGUUAAACGAAUUCAAGCCCCCAGAAGAGGGAGAAGAAGAGAGGUUAAAAGAUGCGAUGAAAAAGGACUAUGCAGGAUUACAAAAGGAUGUGACCAGAUUGGUGCAGACGACGUUUGAGGGUCUGCAACAAAUUUACGAUCUCCUUCCGAGCAAGAUGGACAUGGCAGACGACAAGAAAUGGACUAAUGAAUUUGCCCAAAUCGUCGAAGAUCCGUCUGGUGUCCAAAAAGUGGAAGAGGCGAUGAUGAACUUUCUCCAAAAGAUGGAGGAACUACGAGAGUCGGGCCCACUUGACGCAAAGGUUACAAUUGCUGUCGUGCAUAUGGACAAGGACGAUUCAGAAGUCAAGAAAUACUUGCUCGAUCCUCAGCAAAGGUUUAGCGACAUCGUCGAGAUGAUUGGGUACGCAGACGACGAGGACGAAGACAUUCCCGAGUUUUGGAUCAAGACGCUCGACCCGAGCAGGAACUCUGUCACCAAGUCUGGAGAAGUCUGGGAGCUGCAGCCCAUGCGAUGCCGACUACGGGAUGCGAUCCAAAAGGCGACGGGGAGCGAUGGGAAAUCGCUCAAGGUGUCUAUCGUGUUGCAGAGUCAGGACUAUAUCAUUGCGCUGGUCAAGGACGACACGCUCGAGCAUACGCGCUCCAUCGAGCUGGAGAGCAAAAAGGGACCACUGGCCAAGCAGUACCUUGCGACCAAGUUUCGUAACAAGAGCAUUGGGCGUGUAUGUAAUCUGGAAGACGGGAGCGAUGCGGCAAAUUUGCCGCUGGACAAGCGACGCUUUGAGCCGCGUACAAAUGCAUUGUACGUGGAGCUUGCAUCGACAUAG